CUUCCGGUCAGCUGUGAUUGGUGUGUGGCCGGGGAGGGGGGCUAGGCUGAGCUGGAGGCGCGAAGGCUCGAAGAAACGGAAGGGCCGAUGGAGUGGCCCCCUGCGCUCUGAGACAUAAAAUUUGAAAUAAAUAAGGGAAAAGAACCCUUACAAUGUCUUCGGUAGUGUCAGAAUAUACCAUUGGUGGGGUGAAGAUUAUCUUUCCUUGCAAGGCUUACCCUUCACAGCUUGCUAUGAUGAAUGCAAUUGUUAAGGGGUUAAAUUCCAGGCAACAUUGUUUGUUGGAGAGCCCCACAGGAAGCGGUAAAAGUUUGGCGUUACUUUGUUCUGUAUUAUCAUGGCAGCAGUCUCUGCAUGAGAAGUCACUGGAUGAGUUCUCAUGUGAAAAGGAAUGCAAAAAACCAGAGACUUCAUUGCCAUGUCACUGUAGAUGCCAUUCCCAGGCUGUGACUAAUGACACUACUGCAGAUGUGAACCAAGGUGCUUCUUGUUCUUUCACUAAUUGUAAAGCAGCAACUUCCAUAAAAAGUGAAACACCAUCAACAGACAAAGUAAUGAAUACUCCUGUUACAGUACAUAAUGCAAAAGUCACACUGUCUUCAAAAUUAUCUGCAAAGAAAUGGGCAUCUUUACACGGAGAUGAAAAUGACGACUUUCAAGUGGACAGGAAAAGGAUACGUUUAUUAGAAACUGAGCAGCAGAUAAGAAAACGUCAUUGUUUUGCAAAGGGAGUGCAGUUUGUUGAUGCUUUGGAAGUUUAUCAACAGCGAAGAAAUGGGGAACUGAUUGUUCACUCAGAAAAAAUUGCUGCUUUCUCUCCAAAAACAUCUCCUGGCCCCUGCACACAGUGUUCCUGUUCUUCUGCAAAAGAAAAUGGUAAAAAUGUUAGUAAUGCAAAGAGGAAGGAAAAUGGAGGAAAGCCACACAUCCCCAAAAUAUUUUUUGGAACUCGAACACACAAGCAAAUAGCUCAGAUUACUAGAGAGCUGCAGAGGACAGUGUACUCCAGUGUCCGUAUGACGAUUCUUUCUAGCCGGGAUCAUACCUGUGUUCAUCCAGUGGUAUCCAGAAGUAGUAACAGGAAUGAAAAAUGCGCGGACUUGCUGGAAGGAAAAAAUGGCGGGUCCUGUGUUUACUACCAUGGUGUCCAUAAACUUAGUGAACAUCAUGCUCUACAGUUUGCACGUAAGAAGUGUCAGGCUUGGGACAUAGAAGAUCUAGUAAGCCUGGGAAAGAAGCUACGUGCAUGUGCCUAUUUUGCAGCUCGAGAACUCAUGGUGGGGGCGGAUAUUGUAUUUUGUCCUUACAACUACCUGCUGGACCCACAAAUAAGAGAGAGUAUGGAGAUUAACUUAAAAGACCAAGUCGUCAUUUUAGAUGAAGCUCAUAAUAUUGAAGAUUGUGCACGGGAGUCAGCCAGUUACAGUGUUACAGAAACACAGCUGAGAUUUGCUCGAGAAGAACUUGAUAUCAUGGUGGUCAACAACAUCAGACGGAAGGACCAUGAUCCCCUGCGGGCUGUGUGCUACAGUCUGACAAAUUGGCUGCAGGAAAGCUCUGGUCAGCUUAAAGAAAGGGGAUAUGAAACCUCCUGUAAAGUUUGGAGUGGAAAGGAAAUGCUCGCCAUUUUGCACAAUAUGGGAAUAACAAAUGCUACAUUUCCUAUCUUGCAGAAACAUUUUGCAGCUGUCCUUGAAAAAGAAGAAAAAGUAUCGAAUCUUCAUGAAGGAGAUGAGCUUAUUGAGGUUCCUAUUGUGAGCCCUGCCACUCAAAUUGUGCUAAAAGGGUUAUUCAUGGUUCUGCUAUAUCUUUUUAAAGAUAACAACAGAUUUGCAGAUGACUACAGAGUUGCUUUGCAACAAACAUAUGUUUGGACAAAUGAAAAGCAACUUGAUAUUCCAGAUAAAAAUGCUUUCUUUGUACAACCAAAACAUCAGAGGAGUUCACGGCAGAAAACAGCAGUCCAUACGCUUAACUUUUGGUGCUUGAAUCCAGCUGUGGCCUUUUCAGAUUUAAGUGGUAAUGUCAGGACAAUUGUUCUAACGUCUGGUACGCUCUCUCCAAUGGACUCAUUUUCUUCAGAACUUGGUGUGAAGUUUACUAUCCAGCUUGAGGCAAAUCAUGUUAUUCAUAACUCACAGGUUUGGGUCGGCACCGUUGGGGCAGGCCCCAAGGGUCGGAAGUUGCAUGCCACAUUCCAGCAUACAGAGACCUUUGAAUUCCAGGAUGAAGUGGGAGCACUUCUGCUUUCAGUGUGUCAAACUGUUGGCCAAGGGGUCUUAUGCUUUUUGCCAUCUUAUAAGUUGUUGGAUAAAUUAAAAGAUCGCUGGAUGCAUACUGGCUUAUGGAGAAACUUGGAGCUUGUUAAGACAGUCAUUGCAGAGCCUCAAGGAGGAGACAAGGCUGACUUUGAUGCACUGCUCCAAAUAUACUAUGAUGCAAUAAAAUAUAAAGGAGGAAAAGAUGGAGCACUUCUUAUAGCAGUAUGCAGAGGUAAAGUUAGUGAAGGCUUGGAUUUCUCUGAUGACAAUGCCCGUGCUGUUAUAACUAUUGGUAUUCCAUUUCCAAAUGUGAAAGACCUUCAGGUUGAGUUAAAGAGGAAAUACAAUGACCAGCACUCAAAGACAAGAGGCCUUUUACCAGGGAGCCAGUGGUAUGAAAUUCAAGCUUACAGAGCUCUCAACCAGGCACUGGGCAGGUGUAUUCGUCACAAAAAGGAUUGGGGUGCUCUUAUGUUAGUUGAUGAUCGCUUCAGGAGUAACCCUAAUAAAUACAUAACUGGAUUAUCCAAAUGGAUUCGUCAACAAAUCCAGCACCAUGAGAACUUUAGUACUGCACUUGAUUCGUUGGAUGCAUUUGCUAAAAAAAAUCAAGUGGGCGCUGGUUUUUCAACCCAGUGUAAUAGUGAAUCUCUGCUCAUACAUUCAAGUUCAAAAGAUCCGUCAUCAACUUCGUUAUGGGAGGCAUCUAUUCAUCUGUCACCGGAUGUUCCUGUUGAAAGUAAGGUGCAGAAUUUGGUCCUAGAAGCUCAUUCGCCUACAGCAAUCAACACAGUUAAUUCUACAGCAUCCAGUCAAUCAAGUAACAGCAUGGCAACAAAGAAAAAUGGUCAGAAUUUUGGUGUAGAAAAUCAUAUUCACCAAACAGAGAGGAGAGAAAAACAUAUGGAUUCCAAACCAAAAAGUCCUGCCAUCAAAAAAGAAAGGGAAAAAAGGAAUAGCUGGACUAAUGCUGACCUUAUGAAACAAUACUUCAGCAAUAAGCCACUGACUUCAACACCUCUGUCUGUGAAUGAAAAGAAAUGCUUCUCCAAAGCUAUGUGCAAACAAAAAAGGAGAACUAUUGAAUCUAGUCAGCCUGUUGUUAAUGAACACCAGUGCCAGUCAUCAUUACUUACAGAACAUACACCAAGUGGACCGGCAUUACAACUGGAAACAACUAGUUCCUCAAAAAAAAAGGGUGAGGCUGCAGCUGCUGAAGAACAUCCUGCUGAACAGCAAUUCUGCACUGAUGGAGUCAUAGACCAAUGCAUUGAGUUAUCUCCAGUAAGAGGAAAAAUUGAACUUUCAACGUUAAAUGUAGCCAUAGAAGCAGAAGCUGAGGAUGACAGUAUCUAUUUUACACCUGAACUUUAUGAUGAUAUAGAAUCAGAGGAACAGCAAAUUGAACCAUUAAUUCAAACGUGUAAUAAUACUGUGAAUCAGAAUGAACAUGGAGCUUGCAUUGUAGCUGAAGAUCUUUUUGAAAUCAGUACUUCAAAAGUAGUAAGCUCAAUUGGAGAAAUAAAAAGUAAUGAUAACAUGAACACAGAAUUAGCUAUAAUAAGGCAAAAAGACAAGAUUAAGGGUAAUGCAGAUAGUGAUGCUGAAAGUAUUACUAGAGUAGGAGAAGUGGAACAGAAAAAAUAUCAGGAAAUGGACACCAGAGAAAAGAAAAGUAAACUUUCCAGAUCACGAAACAAAGGACUGAAUGUGCAAAGAGCAUGCAAACGAAGAACCAAGAAAGCUGCUAGUAGGGGAAAUGGCUUCAUCUGUGAAAGAAAGGAAACACGCAGCCAACCUUGCAGGUCAGGACUGUAUUGUAUUGUCUGUGGAGCUGAAAUAUUACCAAACGCAGAAGGUCUGGCUCCUUCCAUCAUCUGUUCGUUAUUGCUUACUGCUACAGAUCCCUCAAGAACUGAAAACAGGCUUUUUGGAGUAGAAGCUAUCUUGAAAAAUGUUGCUGAUGUAUGCCACACAGUUACCGGGACUAAUAAGACAGAUAAGUAAAGGGUUUUAUUCUUUAAUGUCAGCUCAGAACUAUUUUUCAGUGCAGUUGCAGAAGCAGCACUAUCUUUGUACACAUGUAAAAUGAUUGAAAAGAAUUAUCAGGUUAAAAAUCAUGGCUGUAGUCCUGGCCCUAUUGAAAUCAAUGGAAGUUACACCCUUGACAUCAAUAAAGCCAGGAUUCCACCCCGUAUUUAAACAGAAAUCUUUAACUGUUAUUAGCUGGAGGGGUUACAAAUGCAGGCAAAGAAUGUUUUAAAAUUUUGAUUUCCUUUUCAUUUUCUGGCUGUUUGUCUACUUAUCUGCCCUUCAGAGUAUAAGAUGGAAAGCAGCCUCCUCAAUUUCAGUUGUUUCUAGUCAGUUUCAAGUUGGCUUCACUUUUUCUGGUUUUCAUGAAUUUGCAGCCCCAGCACUGCAGUGUUUGGACUCCAAACAUUUCAAGGGAAUAUUUAAAUCCCCACAACGCAAAAUGUUUAAAUUCUUUUUUUAAAACAAAAAUUAUGACAACAUUAACAUCUGUUUAUGUUUUUAAAAAAUCCCAUAUUUGGCCCAAACUACCUAAGAAUGUCCUUUUAAUGAAAACAAACCUUCAGUCCUUUUUGCAAACGUACCAUAAAUGGAUAUAGUAGAAAUGACAGAUACAUAUCAAUGUCAUUUUAGAGUAUGUUUAAAAAAACCAACCAAGUUAUUUGUCUUAGGAAAUAUCAAACUUUUAUUGGGAAUUUGGAAAAUAUUUUUGGCUAGCAUGAAAAGUAAAAUCCUGCACCACAAUGUACAGGCGUGGGCACAGAGACUGAACAGAUGGACUGCUGUAAAACAACCAUUUAAUAAGGCAUUAAAAUGCCAUCGACUUGGACACACACACAAAAAAAAGCUAUGAAAAUAAAUGCCUUUCAAAUAAUUAGGGUCUUAUGCCUGAGACUAGCAUUGAUCUCUGUGCAAAGAUUUUCCUGCUGAAAUCAGGCCAGUCUAAGUCUGAUUGUGUAAGGAAGAAAUUAGUGUGUAAAUCAUCUGCUCCUUGAGAUUUUUGGUUCUGUUUCCGCUGUAUAUGACCGUUCAUGUAAAUGAUCAUUUUAGACAUUUUAGAUCUCCCUCUCCCGUUUGGUUUAUUAUGCCCAAAAAACAUUGUUAAUUGAAUCCCAGAUUUUUAUCAUGAAUAUGUGAAACAGUUAAAUCACUAGCUUUUACUCCCAGUGAAUGCAUAAGGAUAAUAGCCAGUCUAGCAGAUGCAGCCAGGAAUAGGAACAGAACCCAUUUCUGUUCUAGAAAGUGUAGUAUGACUUUACUUUCCCUCAAAGUAAUGUACAAACAUUGAUUCUAAGUUUUAACAAUAGUCUGCAAACAUAGCUGCUGUGAAAAAUAGAUCAUUCAUUUGUACAAAUUCACCCAUUCAGUAUAACAGCAUUUCUUAGGAGCAAUUUUCAGCAACUAUUAAUGCUUGCAAAUAUGAAAGUAACUUCUAAUUUGUGCCAUAGUUAUUGUUGUAAAUAUAACCCCAGUUUGCAUGGUUCAAAAAGUCUCCACUAUUUAAAAAGAAAAAGAUCUGGAAAAUAACGAAUCCAUAAUAUUUAAAUUUUUCAAUAUGUAAAAUGACCAAAAUAUUUGUUUAGAUAAUGACUAUGAUGCAAGAAUAUUUUGUAAAGCUGUAUUUUGUUUAUUGCCUCCAAAUAAGUAUUUUUAUAAAUAAUAGUAAUAAGAAAUUUGAAUCCCCAAAAGCACAUUUAAGUAUGUUAAGGUUGUGGAAGAAGGUAAUACAAAGUGAUUUAAGGAAGGCGUGGAUUAUCCACUUUCACUUUGAAUUUCGUAGGUUUUUAUCAGCUUUUAUCACAAAUGUAGUGUUGCAUAAACUUUAUUUUUGUUAUGGAGUAACCUUGCAGUUCUUGUCCAUUUUCCCAACUAUUAACUUUAAGAACCUUGAGGAAAUUAAUGAACAUAACUUUCAUAUUAUAAUUCUUAUUUUAUGUUUGUCAGUAUUCAAUAAUCAGCAACAAAAUAAAUGUUUUAAACUUCCAGUUCAGUGUGCUUCCUACUUUUUUAAUAACCAAGAGCCAUAUUACAUUCAGAUGCUCUCAUAUUUAACAUACAGAAUUGGGUCAGGUGAUCAGAGUCUGUAUGUAAUUUCGUUACCAGUCAAAAUAGAAGAUGAAACUUGGUCUUUAAGUUGCAGUGUCUUUUAUUAAUCACAUCUUAUAUGGCUCUGCUGCUAGCACACUUUUUUUAAAGGUGUGAAAAAUUGCACUACGGAAGAAUUUCAUAGGUGGAAACCUUAAUUUUUUAAUAAGAUUCUAAGUUUAUCAAUAAUUGCUCUGGUUGUAAAGAUUUGGGCAGAAUUUUUAGGGUCCAAUGAACUUGCUGUUAAAGUGUUGCCAUUUGGCUAGGAGUACAUCCCAAUUAGUACCUCUUCUAUCCAAAGCAGUCGCAGAAUGUACAGGGCAGUUUUUUUCUGAGUCUGUUGUAAAUGAUUAGUCCAAAAGGCGAGCAUAAAACGUAAAACUAGUCCCCUGCAGGAGUCGGCUGGAGGAAAUUAAAGGAUCAACAACAUAAGAGAAGCACUGAGGUAGGAUUGUUCCAGGCUACAGCCACAGGCUUUCACGUGCACUCAGGAAAUUGACUUAAUCAAAAACUGAGGAUUCAGGCAUAAGGAUGAGAAUGAUAAGGCAGGUGAUGAUUCUAAAUCAUGUCUCAACAUCACAGAAUUGUAUAGGGUUUUUCCCCCCCCACCAGUAAAAAGCAUGUUUCCUACAGAAAGGUGGAAUCUCAUCCUUAUAAGUUAGCAAAAGCUCCGCAUAAGUGAGAGCUCAAACUCAAUAGAGAUUAGUAAAUAAUGGUGGUUCACGUUCUCCAAAAAGGCACCGUUUAGACAGAAUUUUGUGCAAAUUUUAAAAAAUGAGGAUUUUUAGAUUAUGCUGUUCUUUCCAGAAUGCUGCUGCUGCUGGCAGCUACGUGUGCUGGGGCUCGUGUCUUGGAAUCAGGCAGGGUAUUCGCUUGAAUGUUGUGAAUAAAUUCAUAUAGCAUGAAUCUGGCUGUCUUUUGGGCCUUGUAUAAGGCUGAAGCUUUUCCAGGGGAGCCAGGAAGACUUACAAGAAGAGAAAUGCACCAAUCUAAGUUUGGGUUUCAAAAUAUGUUUGAAAGUUGGCAUCUGGCAACAUGCUAGUGAAGCCCAAAGAGUUGGGAGAGUGAGAGGCCCAGAGCAUGUAGAAGAAACAGCAAACCUUCGUUUCAGAAA